UUGGAUUAGAGAUAUAGAAGGACUGUAGUCAUCCAGAGCUGUGCUGGUCUACUGUGAUGUGACACAACAUGUGUCAAACAGUCCCAAGUAUUCGGAAAUAGAGAAAAUAUACAAUAAGUUUAAAGCAAGGCAAGAAAAUCAGAUCAUAUACCAAGAAUUCUGGAUUAGAGAUGUUGUAAUCAGAGUUUUUUCCUUCCUCCACCUGGUCUGCUCAUCAUGUGCCAAGAUAGGCCCCAACAGGUGAGUGAGUCGGGUCAGGUGGGGAGAGCACGCCCCCUACUGACGAUUGUCAAUAUUGUGACAUCAUACCCGUCGCUGUGGCAUUGUCUAAGAUCUCCCACUCCGAUUCGGACGUGCUACGAUCGAGGAUCUCUACAAUUCUCACAAAGCCUAACAACAGCCACAGUGAUCACUCUCCAAUUCAGAGUUGGAGGCUAAAGUUUAGAGGCUAAACUCGAAUGAACACAAAAUGUGAAAGGAGGCCGACUUCGUUUGUACUCGACCCGUGAUUUUUCACGCUUCUCUACCGAGAUGAGGACUUACCAGUUACUUUUUUGUUGCAGUCUAUACAUCAGCCUCUUAGGAGGCACGAAAUCAAACCUUAACUUAUAUAUGGAUAGAGAAGAGACGCGAAAACUUCUCGGCAUUCCCAACUACGAGUUGUACUAUGUCCGAGAGGGGAUCAUCAACACCUAUGCACUCUCCUUUAACUUACAGCUACAAAAAGACAUUGACACAAUUCGCUUCAAGUGGCAAAGCCUCAGAAAGCAGCCUGCAAUGUUCUACAGUCUGUCCAUCAUUGUGUCCAACCCCAGAGCAAUGAGGCUUCCAGAGACCAAGAAUAUCUCCAGGGAAGGCGGAGAGGUGCCAACAUCUCUCACACCUUUUGCCAUCACAUUACCCUGCAGUGGCAGUAUGUCCGUGGAGGUGGACGUCAAAAUUCAGAUGAAUGUCAGCAUUUUCUCCGCCUCCAACCUGACCACCAUAGAAAUCAAGAGGAAGAAGACAUGUCUUAAGAGAGAUCACCUGGUGCUGGACCCUGGUGGUGGGGACAGAGGUCGCUCACCUGAACACCAUGCCAAUUACACCAUUCUUCAUUCAGACACUGGAAAGAAGAGUGUUCCUCCAGCUUCCACCAAUGUGUUUUAUAUCGCUGUAGGAGUGGCCUGUACUGUUAUACUUAUUAUUGCCUUAGUGGUGGCAGUGGUCUACUUACGGACACAGAAGUCGACCAAUCACACAGCCAUGAGUGACGCCAGCAGCUUCCAGACCCUGUCUCAACAUGGCGGCAAUAACACCUACCUCCGCCCCGACACCCCCAAUAACGCCAGCGUGGCAAGUCUUCCAAACAUGCGCCGCGGUCUUUCCCCAGUGAACGAGGUCAAGCCACCAGAUGUCUAUAGUGUGCUGUCAGAGAUUGCGUUGGAGAGAAACCGUAUUACACUUGGAGAAAUAGUAAUGGAGGGAACAUUUGGUAAAAUAUACAAUGGCUACUUGCUAGGAGAAGAUGAGACAGAGAAAACUUUGGAACAAAAAGUUUAUAUAAAAACAGUGACAGACCAAGCUCGGCAGGACCAGAUCCAGACCAUGUUAAAAGAGAGCUGCCUGUUGAAGGGACUGUGUCACCAGAAUAUUAACCCCAUCCUGGGGGCGUGUCUGGACCCCUCCUGCCAGCCUCUACUGGUGUUUGCACAGCUGGAUGAGGGAAACAUGAAGAAGUUCUUACACAGGUGUAAGGCCCUGAGCACCCAGCAGCUGGUCUACAUUGCCAUACAGAUCAUACGUGGAGUCCAGUAUUUACACAGGAAGAGAAUCAUUCACAAAGACAUAGCAGCCAGGAACUGUAUAAUCGACCAUAAUCUUGGUAUCAGGCUCACGGACAUGGCGUUGAGUCGAGACAUUUUCCCCAAUGACUACCACUGCCUAGGAGACAAUGAGAACCGACCAAUCAAAUGGCUGGCUAUUGAAGCUCUCGUUGAUCGAAAGUUUUCGCAAGCCAGUGAUGUGUGGUCAUUUGGGGUAACACUCUGGGAACUGAUGACCCUUGGUCAGACGCCGUACGCUGACGUGGACCCGUUUGAGAUGGCGGCCUAUCUCAGGGAGGGGUACAGGAUAUCGCAGCCAGUCAACUGUCCUGAUGAGCUGUUUGCAGUAAUGGCGUGUUGCUGGGCACUGUCUGCUGACGAGAGACCCAAGUUUGCUCAACUCCUGGUGUGUUUGCAGGACUUCUAUGCAGCACUGGGGAGGUUCAUUUGAAAUAUGUGGAAAGAAAAAGAAAGAAAGGAAGCAGGUUGUAGCAUUUGAAAGUCUCCAGCCAUUUCCACCUUGACAGCAUUUAUGAAGUCUAGAAGAGAGGAAAAGUGAAGUCCA